UGCCCGUGGCCGACGCCAUUGGCCGGCCGGGUUCCAGCCUUUGUUCCGGGCCGCCGGGAGAUCGCGGUGGUGGUCCCUGUGCGUGUGCGCGGGCGAGGUGAGUCCGCCCUGGCUCCUGGGUCCUGUACGGGGAAGGGGCCGGGGGCGGGCGGGUCCCCACAGCCGCGGAGCCCCGAGCGGCGUGUGUUUCGCGGCGGCCUGUGCAGCCGCCGUGCGUGCUCCCGGGUAACCUGUACGCAACCCGGUGAGCCGCGCGACCUUCGUGCAGGUGAGCACCUGUGGCUUCGGGCUGCGUAAGCAGCGUCCGCUGCCCCAGAGCCCCGGAGAGAAGACAGCCCCGCUCGGCGCGCGUCCGCGCAGCCUUCGAGGGCGCCGGCCGCCCGGGGUAGCGUGGCUUUGCGCUCGCUGCACCUUCCGUCGUUUCUCCGCCUUCAACUUUCUCUGCGAAACAAGCUUCCCAGAGACCGGCCUUGAAUCCGCCCCAGAGACGAUUAUCCUCCAGCACAGCCCAGAAUGGCCGCAGCCCUGGAACCCGAGGGACAAAGAGGACUUGGGGUAGUGAAAGCGGAAGACCGUUACCGGGGACGGGACCCCGGCCCACAAAACUACAGCCCCCGCAAGAGGGAAGUGUUCCGGCAGCACUUCAGGAGGCUCUGCUAUCGGGAUGCACCCGGGCCCCGGGAGGCUCUCACCCGGCUGUGGGAGCUGUGCCGCCGGUGGCUGAGGCCGGAGUGCCACACCAAGGAGCAGAUUUUAGACCUGCUGGUGCUGGAGCAGUUCCUGAGCAUUCUUCCCAGGGACCUGCAGCAGUGGGUGCAGGCGCACCAUCCAAACACUGGGGAGGAGGCGGUGAGCGUGCUGGAGGACCUGGAGAGAGAGCUGGAUGAGCCUCAGAAGCAGGUCCCAGCCAAUUCAGAAAGACAGGACACGCUCUUGGACAAGUUGGCCCCCUUGGGAAGGCCCCAUGAGUCACUGACUGUCCGGCUCCAUCCCGAGAAGAUCCAUGAGGAGCAGGAAUCUGGGGAUCCCCAGAGGAAUGGUGAUGAAACCAGCACUAAGAAUGAAGUGUUGUCCCAGAAGGAAGAUACGCCCAAGGACACACAGUUCCUUGGCAAGGUAAAUGACAGACUUAACAAAGACAUUCCUCUGCCUCCUGAACCCGGAGAUGCUACUGAAAGCAAGGGCAGAGUGGAGUGGCCGCAGAGGGAAAGAAGGCGCUACACGUGCGAGGACUGCGGGAAGAGUUUCAGUCACAGCUCAGACCUCAGCAAACACAGGAGGACUCACACUGGAGAGAAACCCUACAAGUGCGACAAAUGUGGGAAGGCCUUCAUUCAGCGCUCCCAUCUUCUCGGACAUCACAGAGUACACACUGGAGUGAAACCUUAUAAAUGUGAAGAAUGCGGGAAAGAUUUUAGUGGGCGCACAGGUCUUAUUCAGCACCAGAGAAUCCACACGGGUGAAAAACCCUAUGAAUGUGAGGAGUGCGGGAGGCCCUUCCGCGUGAGUUCGGCCCUUAUCAGACAUCAGAGAAUUCAUACAGCAAAUAAGCUCUACAACAAAAACGAAGAAGCAGCAGUGGCUGGAGCUGCACCAGGAGUUGUGGGAACAAGUCUCCCGGGAGCUGCUACCGAGGUGCAGCAGGGGAGUCCUACAGGAGAACCGCCGGGUGCUGGGACCCUCAGCGUGGUCUCCAAGGACGCCGGGAGCCCGCGGGCCGUGGCCCCUAGCGCUAGGGAGGCGCCACAGCCCGGGCCGGAGAUCCGCACCAGCCCGCGGUCCGCGGCUCCUUGCCGCCCUCCGCUCCGGAGCCGCUCGCAACCGGAAGUGGCUCGCAAACGCGAGAGCUCGGGAAAACGGGUCCGCUCUUCCUCGACGGCACAAACACUGGGGUUCCGGCCCGAAAGAGCCCUGGGGCCCCAGGCUGUGAACCGUGAUGGGGAGGAAUUCCUCAAACGAUCGGCAGUCUGUACAGGAGGCUCGGAGGACAGCCGAGUGCGGGGGUCUUUCCGCGCCCAGUCGCCAGCACCGCCAGGACCCGAGCUCGCGCCCACGUCCCCACUCCCGCCGGGGACCGCUAAGCGCGCACCGGCGGACGAGCCCGGGGACUGCGGAGGGCGGGGCGCCGGUCCCCGUAGCCGGCCGGCCAUAGAGCUUCCAGACCUCCAUGUUCCUAGAGAGCCUCCGGAAGUGCCUCCCGACAAGAUGCGCCUCGGUCGAGGUUGUGCCUUCGCGGGUUUGGAAGUUGGAGGCCGGCGGGCCCGCGUCCGACUACAGCUCUCGCCCCGGUUUGCCCCCCGCCCUUCCUGCGAGCCCGUCCGUCCGUCCUCUGCAGCCUCCCUUCCCCGCCCCGGGCCGCCCCCGGAACUCGCGGAGAGGAAGCAGAAGGAAGGGAAUAUUCCCCAGAUGGAUUUGGCAUGGCAGAAAGCUAAGGAGAUGGCAGCAGAAUCAAGAAAGUUGUCAGCCUCAUCCCCACCAGACCAAGCUCCUGAAGAAGACCUUGUAAUUGUCAAGGUAGAGGAAGAUCAUGGCUGGGACCAGGAAUCUAGUCUGCAUGAAAAUAACCCUCCUGGCCAGGAGUUAUUCCGUCUGCGCUUCAGGAAGUUAUGCUACCAGGAGACAUUAGGACCCCGAGAAGCUCUGAUCCAACUCCGCGCACUCUGUCAUCAGUGGCUAAGGCCAGAUUUGAACACCAAGGAGCAGAUCUUGGAGUUAUUAGUGCUAGAACAGUUCUUGACCAUCCUGCCUGAGGAGCUUCAGACUCUGGUUAAGGAACAUCAGCUAGAGAACGGAGAGGAGGUGGUGACCCUGCUGGAGGAUUUAGAAAGACAGAUUGAUAUAUUAGGACGGCCAGUCCCAGCCCGUGCACAUGGACAUGGACUCUGGGAGGAGGUCGUACAUUCAGAGUCGACACCAGGGCUUCCAAAUACUCAGCUCCGACCCAUGGCAACGCAGCACAAAUCUCCGGUGUCCCAAGGGUCACAAGAGAAAGCCAUCUCUACUUGUGAGAGUCCUGCCUCUUCCCAGAAAGGAAGUCCUGGGAACCAGCAGAUGACGGCCACGCUUUUCACAGCAGGGCUGCAGACUUUGGAGAAGAUCGAAGACAUGGCUGUGUCCCUAAUUCGAGAGGAGUGGCUUCUUGAUCCAUCACAGAAGGAUCUGCAUAGAGAUGACAGGCCAGAAAAUUACAGAAACAUGUUCUCCCUGGGUGGUGAGACCAGGAGUGAGAACAGGGAAUUAGCUUCGAAACAGGUAAUAUCUACUGGAAUCCAACCACAUGGAGAGACAGCUGCCAAAUGCAACGGGGAUGUUAUCGGGGUUCAUGAGCGUGGAGAAGCCCGAGAUCUUCUGGGCAGAUUAGAGAGGCAGCGGGGAAAUCCCACCCAGGAGAGACGGCAUAAAUGUGACGAAUGUGGGAAGAGCUUUGCCCAGAGCUCAGGCCUUGUUCGCCACUGGAGAAUCCACACUGGGGAGAAACCCUAUCAAUGUAACGUGUGUGGGAAAGCUUUCAGUUAUAGGUCAGCCCUUCUUUCCCAUCAGGAUAUCCACAACAAAGUAAAACGCUAUCACUGUAAGGAGUGUGGUAAAGCCUUCAGUCAAAACACAGGCCUGAUCCUGCACCAGAGAAUUCAUACUGGGGAGAAGCCAUAUCAGUGCAAUCAGUGUGGGAAGGCUUUCAGUCAGAGUGCAGGCCUCAUUCUGCACCAGAGAAUCCACAGUGGGGAGAGACCCUAUGAAUGUAAUGAGUGUGGGAAAGCUUUCAGUCAUAGCUCUCACCUCAUUGGACAUCAGAGAAUCCACACAGGAGAGAAGCCCUAUGAGUGUGAGGAGUGUGGGAAAACCUUCAGGCGGAGCUCACACCUCAUUGGCCAUCAGAGAAGCCACACUGGGGAGAAACCCUACAAAUGCAAUGAGUGUGGGAGGGCCUUCAGUCAGAAGUCAGGCCUGAUUGAACAUCAGAGAAUCCACACUGGAGAAAGACCCUAUAAAUGUAAAGAAUGUGGGAAAGCCUUCAAUGGGAACACUGGCCUCAUACAGCAUCUGAGAAUUCACACAGGGGAGAAGCCCUAUCAAUGUAAUGAGUGUGGGAAAGCCUUUAUUCAGAGGUCAAGUCUCAUUCGGCAUCAGAGAAUCCACAGUGGAGAAAAAUCUGAAUCCGCAGGAGUUUAGGGAAAAAACUACAGUCCUAGUGUGGGCAUUAUUCAGAAUUAGAGAAUCCACAUGCUGGUGAGAGGUCUUUCAGUGCAAGUAAAAAGCCAGAAACUUUGUCAUCACUGCACCCUUAACGUAGGAUCAGAAUCGAUAGCGGUGGCAGGGUUUGAAUAGCUCUUCAGUAGUUUGGGCCGGUUCCUUGAUGCAGGUGGAUCAGCUUGACUGUCUUAGGAGGUGUCUGAUGGAGUGGAGCUCCUGGUGGCCUAAUGCAUCCUUCAGAAACACAAUAGCAUCUGAGCAAGUGGCUGGUGGUGGAGGCACUUAAUUUUGUCUUGCGGGUGAGUAGCUGUAGGUGUGAGAGAGGCUCCUCCCGGUUCCUCUGCUGCUUCCCAUCUCCUGUGAUCUCCUUCCCCCACUGAUUCCCCGGCAGGCGCACUUGUUAUCCCGAUCUGAUCUGAGAAGCUACUUUAGAGUUUGAAGCGGCCUCCCUGUGAGACUUGUAUUUGUAUUUAGCUUUCUAAGAACCUAGUUCUAGGGAAAUUUUUACAGACACAUAAUGUAUUUAUGCUUAAGUGUGCGUGUUCUUUUAUUCCAACGUUCCUGAUAGUGGAAAACCGUAUUCCCACGCAAACUCAGAAUGCUAUAUUUUUAACAGCACUCCAGCAUUUUUCUUCAUAUAUCACCUUCACUGACUCCUCUGAGUCACUGAGCAUCCAUACGUGUCCUCCACCACCCCCACCCCCAGCACCUGUGUCAGCAAAAGAAGUGAUGUUUGUGGGAGUGAAGCAGAGAAGGAGGUGAGUGGAGACCCAGCCUGGCUGCUCUCGAGCUUGGGUGGUUGUACCUUUGGAUGACUUCCGGCUCCUUUUCCACCUUCCCACUGUAUGCCGUGGUGCACAGAGGUGUGGACACUGCUCCGGUUAUAGCAUCGUGUGGGCAAAAGGGGAGACGGGUGCUUGAAGACUUAAAGUCCUUACAAAGAACGUGCACUCAUCCCUUCUGGCCCAUUACAGUCCUGCCCUCUCAGGUUCCUGUCAGUCUGCACAAACCCCUGACUGGAUGGUCUGUCACUGCUGUCAUUGCCUUCGUCCCCCUUCCUCGGAUGGCCUUAGCACCUCACCCUUCAUUCUCCAUCUGUCUCUUGCCAUUAGCUUUAUAAAUGCACAGCGGUGAUCUGUCGAAUACCUCACCCCACAGUUCCUCACUGUUCUGAAUUCAUCUGUAAGCUAGCGGAAACACAAUAUUAACUCAUUACCGGGCACUGUCUUUCUCCUUUGAGGCUUUCCAUAUACCAGGGGAUAUUGUAUAAAGUAACAAGGCUGUUUUAAGCAGCACACCAGAACCUGUGCAUCCGAACACGGUCCGCCCUUUCAGUUUGGCGGUCCGGGUUGUUGCUGUAGCGCUACCACUCCUCCCAACAUUUGGAAGACUUCUAGUCUUGAAUAGUAUCUCGUUUUUGACCAUUACCCACUUGUUCACCAGACUUGGAGUCGAGUCAUUUUUGGCUUUUUUUCCAAAGUCAGCUUCAAAAUGGGAAUUGAUUCCAUUAAUCCUAUGCCGAAGAAUAUGCUACACAUUCUGAAGAAGACGCCAGGAGAAUUUACACAACUUCACGCUGACUGUUCUGAACAGGGACAGCACUUACUAAUCAUGUUAUUUUAAGAUUGGUGUUUUUAAAAACCAGUCGUAAAAUCUUUCAUUGUAAAGGUCCAACAUUUAUAUCAUAAAUUCCUUCCCUAUAGAAUCCCUUCUGUAUCCUGCUAUGGCCCACCCUGACCACUGACAACAUCAAGGUUGUUCUACCUAUUUCAUUGAGCCAUUGAUACCCACCUGUCACAGGUCAUGCUUGGUUUCCUUGGUUUCCUUGGUUAACUGUUUCUAUUUUCUUUUUUUUUUUUAAGUUUAUUUAUUUUGAGAGAGAGAGAAUCCCAAGCAGGCUCAGCACUGCCAAUGCAGAGCCCAAUGUAGGGCUUGAACUCCUGAACUGUGAGAUUAUGACCUGAGCUGAAAUCAGAAGUCAGACAGUUAGCUGACUGAGCCACCCAGGCACCCCUCCUUGGUUAACUUUUUCAAAAUAGUGCUUUCCGUUAUCCUUUAUUUUCUUACUCUUUUUUUUUUUUUUUUUUUUUUUUUUGACUAUAGAUUCCCUUGCACUUGAAGGGAAUUCCAUUCCUCAUUCUCUUGUACUUGAAAUUUCAAGACACCAGGAAUAAAUCUGGUCUCUAGAUCCUUGUUCUCUGCGUACCCUCUGUAAGACACGAACUCUGCCUGAGGCCAGUGCUGCCCACAUGCGGGUCUUACAGGAUGGAGUCACUGUCCGAGGGAAGAUACGUGCACACGUGCACAGUCUCCCAGGCGAUUGAGGGGAGCACUUGUCCAGUGAGGGCUCUUAGAGUAACGUGUUGAAAUGACUGUAGGCACACCAGCUGACAUCUCUUUACUACAGUAAUGUGUAGCCAUGCUAUGCAUUAAAUCCACAAUUACUAAGCAUCUGGCCGAAUUCAGAGGAAAGAUGUGCCCUGAAAGAUCAGUGUUCUGGAAAGAAUAAGGACAGACUGGGACCUGAAGGAACUAUUGAAGUUGGUUCAGCUGCAUCCAGAAAUAGCCACAUGGUCUAAGAAGGUAGAAAAGGCUGUUGUUUAUUUGGGGCACACAUAGAAGUCCAUCCUUGGUCUCUGCUAAUCACUGUACCAGAAUGUGGUUGCUCCAUCUUUAUGACCUUGUUUUGAGCUCUUAACUGAGUGAUGUGUGCUAAAUUCCUUUAUAUCCUGCAGAUUCUAUUUUUAUGCUCUUGAUCUGAAAUGAACUGUUCACCAAUACCUUCUCCCAUCAUGAUCUUCUCAUUUUAGGACCUGGCAUGAUAAAGUGGUUCUUCUGUCACUCAGCUGCCAUCCAGCAUAGUCCUAGGAGAGGCGUCUCAGGCUUCAAAGGUUUACUCCAUUGAGCAAGUGGCAGUGCUAGAAUGUGGUGGAUGAUUGCCAUACACAGCAGUUAGCUUUACUCUUGGUUCUGAGACUCGAAAUAGUAAUAGCUGACAUUUAUUAAGUACGUACUGUGUGCCAAGCUCUAUGCUAAGUGUUUCUCAUGGUUAUGACACACAUUAUAUCUUGCAUUUUAUAGAUGAGGAAAUAAGCUUAGAGAAGUGACUGAGUUGACCAAGGUCAUGUAGCUGGGAAAUGACAGAGCAGGGGCUCUGCCCAACAGUGUCAGAUUCUGGAGCCUGUGCUGCUGACCACUGUGCUGUAUUGUCUCUAAUGAGCACACUGGCCCUGGCCAGCCAUUGGAAAAUCCAGUGUCCCUGGCCAUUGGAUAGGUAGCUACUGGGGAAGGGAAUGCAUAGUGGUACAGCACUGUGUAGUGCAGUUGAUUGAAAAUGUCAUUUUGAUUGAUGAUUCUAUCUUUAAAUGCUGAUACUUUUGAUGCUUUGUAGUAUUAGAAAGCUAAAUUGUACAAGUAAAGCAUGUUUAAAAGAGUAACUGGCAGGAUAAAGCAAUAAGGUACAGAUUCGAGUACAUUUCUCUAAACUGCCCCAAGGAAGUAGAAUUGUGGGGGGAAAUGAAAUGCCCAUGCGCCCAGCCAGGCAUAUGGUCCGUUGGGAUGACAGUAGUUAAGUUUACCUACAGUGUAAAAUGUGGAAAACCUUCAACUUCACUGCCCAUAUCCAGCUACCAUUCUGUUUUUCUUGUCAUUCAUGAUCUUUCAAACAUGUCAUCCAUUGUUCAACCCCAUUUUCUCAUUAAUAUAUUCUUAAAACUUCUUAUUGGCUUAUGUACUCAGCAUGCCACUGAAGUGUCCUAUGGACAAAUAUCAAUGCCUUUUCUAAGUUCUUGUCCUGUUUUGUUUUGUUUUUGAGAGAGAGAGAAAGCGAGCAUAUGAGCAGGAGAGGGGCAGAGAGAGAAUCCCAAGCAGGCUCUGCACUGUCAACAGGGAGCCCCAUGUGGGCCUCAAACUCAAGAAACUUGAGAUCAUGACCUGAGCCAAAAGCAAGAGUUGGACGCUUAACUGACUGAGCCACCCCCAGGCGCCCCUUGUCCUUGACCCAUAUUUCGCACUGUUGAGUAGGGACCCUGCAUCUCAGGGAUUCUUUUCUUUGGCUUGUGGGAUCUUUUUUGAUCAUUUUCCUCCUAAUUUUUAGCUUUUCUUUAUUAGUCUUUUUUCUCCACUGAAAAUAAUCUCCAUGUCUUGGUUUUAUCCAGUAUUUUUUCUGUAUUUGCUUCUAUUUAUCUAUUUUGAUUAUUUACACUUAACUUCUGUAUUUCAGUACUUUAAUUAUUUACCACCCUAUGGGUCAGUUACCUACAUAAUUUGAUAUUUGGGAACAGAACUCCUCACUCUUGUCCCCCAGCCUACAUUUUUCUUUUAAAUAGGCAUUAUUGCUUAGCUUCUUUACCCUGAAUAGACUCACUGCCCUUCAUAUUUCUUUAUUUUUUUUUUUUUAAAGUAGGCUCCACGCUCAGGGUAGGGCUCAAACUCAUGACCCUGAGAUCGUGUCCUGAGCUCCUCAGGCGCCCUGCCCUGUCUUGGAGUUGUCCUUUAGUCUUUUUCUGCUCUUCACUGUACGUGUCUCAAAUGUUGCUGAGUCAUUCCAGUUCUCCGUUUUCUCCUUGAGGCUGGAUCUUUUACAUUUCUGCCAUCCCCUGCAGCCUUCUGCAGAGCCAUGUCAUCUGAGGCCCCAGCUGUUGUAAUUCAUUCUGGUGUCCUUGCUUUCAAGACCCCCUUCAGUAACGCUUCUAAGGUGAUCCUCCUCAAAAUUCAUUUUCGCUCAGAAACGCUCAGCAGAUGAUUGCUGUCCCAGCAGUGGUGUUCCAGGUUCUCCCAUGUUUUGCCCUUCAUGUUUCACCUGCCUCAGCCUAAUUCUCUGGCAUAUUCACCUUGACUCUUCUUGUUCAAACUUCCGUGGCCUUCCACUGCUGUCUUACAAGCCCUUGCCUCCGUGCCUUUCUCAUGCAAUUUCUUUUGUUUGGAUUUUUUUUUUUUUUUUUGGCCCCACUUCUUACGCAUCCAUAUCUUCAAAGCCUAGCUUCUUUAUAUCUUCGAGUGGGCUCUCCCUGACUUCACCUCACACUGAGACCUCCCUUGUUCUGUGCUGCCUCAGCACUUACCCUUUGAGUUUGUACUGUGGUCCACGCACUUACUAAUAUGUUGCUUUGUAAUUAUUUUCUAGCUCUCUGUAUUGUAGUUUCACAUUUGUAUUUAUUUUCAGAAUUAAAUUGUAAGCUCCUUGAGGGCAGGAAUAACUUUUACAUUUGUAUCUCUGCACCCCCUAGUGCCUAGUACAGUGCUGAGCACACAGUAGGUGUUUAAUAAAUGCUUGUUGAAUCGU